GCCCUGUUUAAAAAUUAUGAUCUUACAAAAGAUGAUGAGAGACUUUAUGGAUGUUUGCUAAAACCUGAUGACCCAAAUUUGCGGGAAAUACCUGACUUCGUGCAGUUAGUUGUUCUAGGUAUGUAUCUUUUCCUCGUGCGAGGACGAGAUAUGACUUGUAAAAUAAUUGUAAAUUUUCAUAUAUCUUCAUAAUUAGGUGGGCUAUGAUCGUCCGGGUAAGUGUAGUCCUGAAUAGGACUGCUUUUGACAGUGACUAACGGUUAGACAGAAGGAGGACGGUUGUGUAGUCAGCUUCAGAGCAAUGCGAUUAGUGCCAAAUCGGAAAAUAGUAUAGCCGAUUUAGGGGUAUUUUUCUCUGGUUUAGUGCUACAGAUUGACUCCGUAGUGUGCUAUUGUCCGAUUUUAUGAAAACGCUCUAAUGAAUACAAGUCUCCGAUUUUACGAUUUUUUUCGAUUCCGCUAUACUACGACUGUGGUGUGCUAUUGCCCAAUUUUACCGAAAUGUAAUAGGCGUUUUUUUUUUCUUACGAUGUUUCCAAACGUUAGUCUACAAAAAGACUCUAACUGUAUAAUUAUUGGGACUUUUCGAUACUACAAGUGCAAAUGGCUCCUCCUUGGGUGGGCGCUUCAAGAAUGAGAAAUACUCAGUUAUGGGUCAUGACUGGCAGAGAUAAACCACUAACGCUAAAUUUUAAUGAUUAAGGAGUUCGCAAUAGUAAAAUAUUUAUAACGGAGAGCUUGUGAGCCGUUUGCCUUGAUUCUUGAGUUUUAACUGCCAAAAGGUUUAAGCUAUAUAGAGAAUUUUUUCAUUGAUGGUUUCAUUAUGUGCCAUCUUUACGAACAUCCGAUCAAAAAGGUUAUGACGGUACAAGGCGCCGGGGCCGGGAAAUUAAAACACAAGUAUAGAUGUUGACCUUGAAACGUUUUUGUAUUUACAACGGAGGUGACCGUUUUCAGAUAGCAUCGCUUAAUGGCGAUGUACAUUUUACGCAAACCUGGGGUCAAUUUAAUGUAAUUUACAAUACAAGUGUAGCUAUUAUUUUCAGAACCUCAAACAAUGGCUACACUUGUGACUUACCCUUGUAAAAGUUUUAUGAAAUUGACCUCUGGAAGCUUUUGUCCUAAAACAUCCUUGCCAACUACUUAAGGUCUUCAUUUACUAUCCUUUUAUUGACUUGUUAGGUCCACCAAAUAUAACACUCGUAUCUCAUAAUCAGACAGCAAAUGAGGGAGAUAAGGUGAUACUUAACUGUACAGCUGAUGGCAAUCCACCUUCAAACAUCACAUGGACAAGACUUGCUAGUAACAGUCUCGUCACCUUUCCUCUGGCCGUCAGGAGACAAGAUGAGGGAGGUUACAGAUGCACUGCUGAUAAUGGUUUUGGUAUUAAAAUCCGUGAUGUCUUCAUUACUGUACAAUGUGAGUACGAUUAUUUAUUUCAUGAUGCAUGGCGAUUUGGAAUGGAUUAUGGUCUCAGCAGUAAAAGCAGUUAAACCUAUCAAAUGAAAUAUGUCCUCUGAUGAUCACCUUUUUUCCGAUAAGAAAGACGUACAUUUGCUACACUAUGCUAUAUGAGUUUAACUGGUAAACUGUAAGUUAGUGACGUAAGUUAUAUAUUUAUUUCAUUAUUUUCCUACACUUUANUUGGUAUUAAAAUCCGUGAUGUCUUCAUUACUGUACAAUGUGAGUACGAUUAUUUAUUUCAUGAUGCAUGGCGAUUUGGAAUGGAUUAUGGUCUCAGCAGUAAAAGCAGUUAAACCUAUCAAAUGAAAUAUGUCCUCUGAUGAUCACCUUUUUUCCGAUAAGAAAGACGUACAUUUGCUACACUAUGCUAUAUGAGUUUAACUGGUAAACUGUAAGUUAGUGACGUAAGUUAUAUAUUUAUUUCAUUAUUUUCCUACACUUUAUUUUAAGGCUCAUUAUAUUCGUACGAUAACUUAAAACAAUUAUUGGUAGUUUUUUGCCGACUUUUUUUUUGUCGCCCUCAUGGGGUACCUUGGUAGAAAACAGUCAUUUUUCCUCCCUUAACUCAUAAAAAAAAAUAAAAAUAAAUAAAUAUUAAAAUAACAAAGAAAUUAAUUGCAACGUACUAUCAGUGUUAAGAGAACAAUCACAACACAGCUAAGCCCUUUAGUUUUGCAUCGAAAACAAUAGCAAUAUUCAUAGUCUUUGAUUGGUGGCAUGAUUGUAUUUCACAGAUGCAGCUACAGUACAGACGGUCGCUCCUAUAACAUCCUAUUCUUGGAUUGGAGAAACUGUAAAAUUGACUUGUAAGGCAGAUGGUUCCCCAACGCCAACCUUAUCUUGGAAAAGCCCGAGUGGGAGAGUAAUACGGCAAGAAAAAGAAUUGAAGACAACAGUAGAUGUGCUGAUGAAAAGUGAUCAGGACUUUGGUAAUUACACUUGCGAGGCUACUAAUAAUGUUAAUACUGAUAGAAGCACAGUGCUGGUGCAGCAGAUAAGUAAGUGGAAUAUCUUUUCCUUUGUUGUAUAUAAAUAUCUGUGAUUCUGUGAUUUUGCCGUUUGCGUGAUGGUUGCAAGUACUUCUUUCAUUUUUAAUAUGCAUCAAGGGGUAUUGGCCCUUUGCAGCUAAGAAGUCUCUUGGGAUAAAAACUCCUUGAGCAUGGCCAAGAAAAACCCCACGAUUACGUCGUUUGUAAGGCGAAUUUCCCGUCUUUCCAAAACCCACUUUGUCGUCUGCCCUCUAGCAAGGUGAGUGUGCACCAUGUGACUGUUUGGCUACAAAGCGUCCGUACCCCUAAAUGCAUACAGGUUAAAGUUGGAAAAAUAAUAUGUUCGCCAACUGCAGAAUGACAAAAGGAUGAUACUUCAUACUAAUUGCAGGUGUUUGUGUAUUGUAGAUGUUUACAAUCAAACACAAGACAGGACCAAAAAGGGCCCAUUAAUCCACAUACCUAGAUGUUGGGUAUAUUAUAUACAGCCCAAUAAUAUACGCGAAAAAAUUACUCAAUUCUGGUUGGUUGAGAAACGAGUGCAGUUCUUCUGUAACACGAGUGCAAAAGUUGUAACACGAGUGCAAAUUACAAAUGGUUUCUGAUGAUUAGCUGAAAACACAAAAGAAACCACCAAGAACCAAACAGAUUUUAGCUGUUUUAACAACAAAAUUUAAGAAAAUGGCCAUGGUUAUCUGCAAACAACGAUUUGAUUUUGUACGCAAAACAACAAUAGAAAAGUUAAAAAAAAAAAAUCCAAAAACCCGAACACGGCAAAAAGUACGUCUUUCUGGCUAAAUGUAUUGAAAUUGUGGUGUUAAGAGAAAAAUACUGCCAACAAAAGCGAGGAAAAUAAGCCAGAGAAACUAAACAAGCUGCUUAUAACAGACUACUCUAAGGUAAAAAAUAAAGAACAAAAACGGUGGCAACCACACGCAAGCCAUGACAGCUACACUUUUCAGCGAUUUAAAUGAACAAGGACACAAGUUUUCCAUGAUAACAACAUGGAUUUUAAGUCACGUACGUUAUUUUGUUGAAGGAGAAAGGUGUCCGGUUAUUUUCUUUGAGUCGUUUGUCGAGCAAAGACCUCUAUUAAAACACUGGCCAUGCGAUGGUCUGCAGGUCUGUUUUUUUUCCUACCUCAGUAGCAAACGAAACCGAAAAUUAUAACAUCUGGUUUAAACUAAACCAAUGGGCGAACAUACCAUAACUAACAUAAUGAAAGUAUCCCUAGCUGGUACUAGCCUUAAAGAAAGUGAGAAAAAAGUUUGCGAAUCAUACAGGGACACCCAACGUCAAUUUUCGGAAAAUAUCUGUUCGGAAGACGAUUUGAGAUCUAGAAUUUUCGGAACAUCUGUUGUAAAAUUUCUUGCUUGCCUGCCUCUCCUAGGAUUUUCGAACAUCCAAAAAAUGGUAUAAUUACCCAUUUUUAACGGAUUCUUACCCUAAAAAGGUCAGCUAGAAUUUUCGGGAGCCUUUUUUCUGGCUGAAAUUUUCGAAAAGGUAAGUUCUGAUCCCUAUAAUUUUCGGAUCACUAGACUUUCAGCUAGGAAAUCCAAACAGAUGAAAAUUUUUUAGGGGAUAAAAAUAUGCCUAUAUCUACCGUUUAAAUACUAAAAUACAUUUAACAAUGCUAUGUUUAAGUGGUUUUGAACUAUAUUCUCGUUGGGUGCCCCUGAUCAUAGUGCGAGAAAAACAACAGUCAGCAAGCUGAAGAAAGCAAAGAUUGUAAGUUCAGAAUAUAUCGCCAAUGUCAAAGGCCACAGAUCUAUAAAUUUCCCUCAAAGACUACGACGAAGCCGAUGAAGAAGAGCGACGAUGAUUCUCUUUUGCAAUAGGCCAAGGCUAAAUGAAAUAAUGAAAACGUCAGUGCUGAGAAAAUGCAAAUAUUAUAUUCAAUUGAUACUGGCAGUUUCCAACAUCACAACAACUGGGGCUCCACUCACCCAUCGAUGACAGCGUCGAAAGAAAACAAAUUGCCAGCUUCAUUUUCGGGUUGUGAAUCUCAAAAAUUUCUCCAUGAAUCCAGCUGUAAUGGAGUCUCAGGAACAGACAAUGAUGAACAGUCAUUAAACAACUCAGCAAGUGUCUUUUAUAUUUGGCUGCUCGACGCGUUCUCCAGAUUUCUAAACGGCAGUAUAUACUUCUUGCAAACGCUUCUUGUAAACGCCGAGCUCUCAAAAUCGAGGAUGAAUUUAAAAACACUUACUUUUACUGAUUAUUGUAAACCGGGUUAUUUUUAACAGGCUGAUGGCCAUGUUAAAUCAAUCCUUGCAUAUUUGCAAGUUCUUAGCCGAAUGAUUUUGAAAUCUUGGUCUUGAAAAAAUUUGAAUAGUCAUUUGCAUGAUGGCGUCAUUUUACUACCAUGACCUGUGCAAAUUAGGGCUUUUGUUAUUCAAACCUCACUGGAAUUACCAAAUUUAAAUAUGAAAAGAAAAUCCAAAAGAAUUCUGGUCGUAGUAGUAAAAUGACGCCAUCGUGCAAAUGGCCUAUUUGACAAAGGUAGUAGUCUGUUUCAGCCAAUCAGUUGAAUGAACUAAAAACGUGCGCGCUGUCAAAAUUUGUUGUUGUGGUUAUUUUUUUGUGUAUAUUAUUAAUAAGUAAUCACAUGAUUUUUCUCGUGCAAAUAAUAAUAAGCACGAGUAAAUUUUUCAGAGACCACAAAGUGCACUCGCCCUACGUGCUCGUGCACUUUUUUGGUCUUUGAAAAAUUUACUUUUUUUUUUUGCUUAUUUAUUCCAAAUUCCACUCGAAAUCAUGUGAUUACCUGUACUUAUUAUGAUGCCUAGAAGCAAAGGUGGUUAUCCACCUGUAUGUUGUUAUUUUUAACAUUUCGUCUGUUGGUUUCACUAAGAAACAUAAAUAAAUACAGAAGAUGGGGCUUAAUUAAUUUCGAAUUGGCUUAUUUUGGCAAUGCCAAGUUGUCUUUUGUGUCCUUGUUUAAAGGGGGUGGACCUUAGGCUAAUAAAUUUACCGUUUAGUUCUGCCUCGAGAUCUGUCUUUUAAAAUAUUUUCCGGGUGAGGCAUUUAACUUCUGUGAUUAACAAUAAAAGUCAAAAUCCGAGCUUUAGCCAGCAGUCAACGGCAUCAUCACCUCAGUUUUAUUUUUUAAUUAAUGUCAGGAGAAGGUGUCUAUCAAGCUUGCUAUAAAUCGUGCAAGGGAAUAUAUAUAGUUGGUUCGUAGUGCUUUCCAUCCUGCCCCUGUUUGUUAUGUCAUGUAUGGUUCUUUCUUUUUCUCUGUAUUUUCGUCUUGUAGCCUUUCUAUAUAACCAUCUGGUAGCAAGACAAAAUGGAGCUGGGAGCUAUAGUAAUAUUCUUUAGCGUUUAAUUUUAAAAUUUGGGUUCCGGCCCGAAAAGUUUCCGAAACGGGUCCCUGAUUCGCACAAGCAUACAAACUGCUGACCUGAAAUCCCCCCUCUAUCAUGUAUGCAUUUCUGUGGACCUAUUUUGUUCUCCUUCAGAGGCACCAGGCUCACCGACCGUCACAGUGAAGAUUGAGGCAACGUCAAUAACACUUAGGUGGACAAAACCAGCUGAUGAUGGAGGAAGUCCUAUUACAGCAUACAGAGUUUUGAUCCUGCGGGGUAACACGGAGAUAGAAAAUAGGAAUAUUACCAAUAUGUCGGUCAAGCAUCAAGAUAUUGGAAGUCUAAACAAAAGCACAAACUACACUGUUGAGUUGUUUGCCAGAAAUUACGUGUUUGAGGGAAAAGCAACUGAAAGGAAAAUUCAGACCAAGUAUGAAGGUAUGAAAUUCUGUACUAAGAAUGCAUAUGAAUUGUAUUCAGUCAGUUAGUUUAUUUAUAUAUUGAUUUAUAUUUAUUAAUACAUAUUAGUGACGAGCACAAAGCAGCGUAUUUUUUAUUGGACGAUAAAUCCGCCAGCCCUGAAACUAAAUAUUGAACUUUAUGUGAAGCCAGAGUCCAUAAUCAUAGCCCCUUAUUACGCAGGAAUGUAGUCAUAUCAACCUUCAUGUUUAUUGCUGUUCACACCCUAAUAGUAAUUUAUAAUAUAUAUAUUUAGCCACAGCUAAAAGCGAAGCUCCCAUUGAUAAAUUUACAACUUAAAUCAAACAAUAAUUUUGUAUUCCACAAAUCAGUUAACUUAAGGGCACAUUCAUGUGACUUUUGAGGGAAAAGCUAAGUGAUUUUGGAGUGAAGCUAAUUUUGUAUCGAGUUGAUAUAGCCUUAUAUGUAUACCAGAAAAAAUAGUCUUCGGCCACAUUGAAGAGCAAUGAUGGCUCUUGAUCACGUACAGUACAUAAGGCGUGGAAAACGAAUUCUUGGAAAACAAAUCAUACCGAAUUUUUUGCGUUCGACAAGUUUACAAAUUCUUGCCAAUAAAUCUGGGUGCGUGUAAACCUUUUGUUUUUUUCAUACACUACAUCUGAGGAGAAAGAGUACUACGAGGCGCUGUUUUUAUCAUACAGACCUCGUACAAAAUGCAGUAUUUCACAAUGUUAAGGACCAUCGAAGCACGCGUGGACUUUUAAUUAGCGAAACCGUUCAAAAAAUUUCCAAAAUCAUCUAUACGGCCGGCCGGUUCUACCUUUUGACAAGCGCCAAAUUUGCGAAGAAAUUUUAAAAGAGUUACGCUUCAACGUGAUAAGGAAUUUAUUGAGUCUAUUUUUUAUUAACGGUUUCAUAACGAUGUGUAAUCUUAAAAAGCGUUUGAUACGCUCGGCAUUUUGAGUACUCCUGCAAGCGAUGUUUAUGAACGGCUGAAAACAAACGGCAAAGCGAUAAAAAUUACACUUUUGAGACUACCAAAACUCAAUAAAGAAAAAUAAUUCGAUAGAACAUUUACAGCGACAACAAUUUUCAUUCACGAAAACAAAUGAGUAUUUAAGUGUGUCUUAGAAUCCUCAAGUCUUUACUAGUAAGCUUAAAGUUUAUGUUUUAAGCCGCCGGUUUCCCGGUGUAGGCUGUUUUCAAAGAUAAACUCACGACAAGAAAAUCUUUCAAAGCUUUCUUUCUACAGCCAAAAUUAUAACUAAAUACUCUUCGGAAAGUUUUUUCUUUCUAUUUACGGUGAAUUAAUAUCGGCCAAAGGCUUUUUAAAGUUCUGUAAGCUUAAGCUUAUAUCAAACCUCAUACGAGGUCAGAUCAGUGUCUCAGUCAAAUCAUAAUACAAACGUGCAUAAACUACAAUGAGGGACAAAAGUGUUGACACACUACCGUAAUAUGGCCCCUUUUUGCAUAGUGGAUAUACUUAUCCCCUUCCCCUGUCUACCCCAACCCCUUCCCCCCAAAAUCAAUGUUGAAUUUUGGACCCUCAAGUCUUUUUUUUUACUUCAGACAACAUUGAUUCGAGGGGUCGGGGGAUUUACGGCGUUUAAAAGGAAUGAAAUAAUAAAUGAAUUAAAUGUUUGUUAAAAGCACCCGUUGUAAACAAGUGUGUCAACUACUUUUGUCCCUGAUUGUCUGAAAUAUGUAUCUGUGUUUUCCGGCUAGAUUUUUGACGCCGCUGAAUUUUUGUACGAUGACGUCAAAUUGUUUGUUUUUAAACAUCAAUUUAUAAAGUUUCGUCCUGAUUUGUAGUAUACGUAGAGUAAAAUGUACGAAGCGUAUGUCAUUACUUAAUCUUGUACUCCCGCGCGCGUUCCUGAUACCCUGUCGGGUCGAGACGAAAUGAUUUGUGUUGUGAUCAACGCCGUUGCUGCGGAUGUAAUGUUUUCACAAGUAUUAUCAAUAGUGGAAAAAGGAUGGAAACACUAAGGUACAAUGAAAAUUGUUCUGGUAAAUGGUUAACUUAAGCGAAUGAAGUACUGCAGAGUAACAGAGGGGACAAGCAUUAUUUUUGACAUUGACCUUUUCCUUUAGUGAAAGGACGUGAACAAUAUACAGGUUAUGAACCUCAUAAAUGAUGGGCCAGCCGUUUGUGCUAUGCCCUAUAUAUAGAUGUGUUUUUUUUAUUUUUUUGAGACCUUUUCUAACCUAACUGAUCCAAACUUUUAGCGUAGGAAGGCGUCGAACAGGUUAGACCAGGUUAGGAAUGUACUUUUGUGUUGAUUUUACAUGACCGCCUGCCAUUUAUUCAGUGGCAUGAUUGUUUAUUGAUCUUGUACGGACAAAUAUUUCAUUUCCCAGCUCGUAAAUCACAGAAUGCCAAAGAAAUUGUUUUCAAGAUAGACACACCAGUUUGUAUCAUCGCCAAAACAGCAAUUACUUUGGCCCAGAAGUUCACUUGAUGACAAGCAAAGCGGGAUAACACGUGAUCGAUGACAGCCGUGCGCUGGAAAAUUUUCCUUUUUUUGCGCUAAUUCCUCACAAAAGGCAAAAGAAGAUUUCGCUAUGUAGAAAGUGCUUCGCAAUACGUAUUCUUAGCGAGAAAAAUUCCAGCGAUGUGGUGCAAAUAAGGAGUUUCAACGGUUAACCACGAGAAUACAUAUCGACAUUAAGAGGUUAUAACAGACUAAUGUUACUUUCCGUUUGCCGAAACGUGGUUAACCGUUGUAACACGAAGGAAGCAGUGUUUUCCUCAAUUUGAGCUGUCGUUUUCUUUGAGAGUCAAAUACCAGUUCACGUUUUAAAGCUCUCUUUUCAUUUUCUCUGCCGACAAUAGACAAAAACACAGGGUUUCGCUUGAGAAAUGCAGUCGAAAUACACAGACAUAUGCACUUAUGUCACGCUAUUCGCUUUGCGUUAUCAUGUCACACAGGGUGUCACGAGGUGGGAUUGAAAGUAAUUGUUUUCGUGUACACUUGCAAUGGUUGCUACGCUGUCCUUAGUUUUUUAUUGAAUUCGCCAUGAAUUUACCUUCACUUUUCCGUAGUUUCGAUAUUGAACGCAGUGACGGCCGCUCCUCACUUACCCUCCAUAUUUCCUUGGCCGGCCAGUAACUAUCCCCACUACGUGUCAAUCCUUACCCUUUGCGUAAUUGUUUGGGCCUUAACAAUCGGAUUAAGUGAAGAACGAGAAUUAUUCACUUUAUUAAAAAUAUUUUCAGUACGCACCCCCUUGAAAUUCACCAAAAGUUUUACAUUUGCGCGAGUUUCAGCGUCAGUUUUUAGCUUGUAAACCAUUUCGACGUUAAUUCUGAAUAUCGCAGCCCUUUUAUUACGUCAUCGCGUAAUUCGAAUUGGCCCUAUAAUUCGGUCGUGAAUAAGUCUAUGUCACCCCCACCACCAAUAACAUAAUUAUGUCAUUGAUUCCUUUAAUUUCAGUGAAAAUCAGUGUCAUACACGGCUCAACUUGUGUGCAGUAGCACAAUUUUGCAUUCAGACAAUGAGGGACAAGAGUGUUGACACACUUCCGUAAAAUGGCCCCUUUUUGCAUAGUGGAUACUUUUCCCCUUCCCCUGUCUACCCCAACCCCUUCCCCCCAAAAUCAAUGUUGAAUUUUGGACCCUCAAGUCUUUUUUUUUACUUCAGACAACAUUGAUUCGAGGGGUCGGGGGAUUUACGGCGUUUAAAAGGAAUGAAAUAAUAAAUGAAUUAAAUGUUUGUUAAAAGCACCCGUUGUAAACAAGUGUGUCAACUACUUUUGUUCCUUGAUUGUACCUUCAUAAACUGCGCCGCUGGACUUCAUGAAAUUAGAUUUAAAUACAAUAAUUACUCAGGCUUACCAUAUUUCGAGAUGCAGCUCCCGAAAGCUAUCAAGUAAGGCAAGGAUCGCUUGAGCCUUUAUAAUUCUCGUACGCAUCCAGCAAGGUGAAAAACAAAAACGAUGCCAUCCGAAAUCGGAUUAUCGGCUUUGAAAAGCAACGCAUUUUUCAACCAAAAAACCCAGUAAACAAACCAGCCAUGAAAAAGAGAACACUCUUGAUAGCAGCUGUAUUUCAUUUUGUACAUCCAGUGGAAAAAGACAGUCACAAACAUCACAAGUUGACUCAAAACUGUCAGCUUCAGCUGUCAAAGUAAACAACUUUCAAGAUACUGCAUAAAUUUUACGCAUGAACUCACCUGUCAAAUUUUAACUAAUCAGAGCAUAAAAUUUGGACGUGGAGCGUGACCAACACGUGACCAUGGUAAGAAAAGGUCUUCCCCACCUGUAUUUUAACAAAACUGGCUGAAUUUUUGCGUCUGGGGUCAGUUUGAAAUCAAAAUCGUAAUAGUGCGGGGCGAUACUGACAUAAACACGACAUAUUUGUUAUGAAUUUCAAACAAAAGUAAACGUGAGCCUGCGAUCAUUUGAAAACGAGUAAAUUGUCAACGGAUAACUUCAAAAACUACUCGACCUUGAUGGGUGAACACCUGAGCCCGCGAUGUGGUCAGGUGAUAGUGGUCAGCGGAUACCCUGUUUUGACAGCUGUCAAUUGAUGACAACAUUGAUGUGCAAUCAGCUUUCUCCUGGGUUCCCAAAGUAGCUAGAAAGUGUGAGAGUAAACAUUGGUAUGCCUGUGGUGCGGACGGACGGUCGGUUGGUCGGUCGGUCGGUCGGUCAAGUGACUACCAAAUUUUCUGGGAUGGGUAGAUUUCCAGCCUCCUCCUCAGGCGCUUCGUUUUUCGCAUGGCAGAGGCGAGCGCGAAACGAGUGACUGGUGAACCGCAAGGGACCAUGGGAAGGGUACAGACGGCGAAGCGCCUGCCAGAUCUUGUGUCGUUUUCUUGGCAAAAAAGUCGUUUUCUUGGCACGGCCCAAUUUUUGGUCUUUUUAAGUCUUGGAAGCAAUCAAUUUUAGUAGCAUAUUGUUGUAAACAUUGUAAACUUUGAGUAGACAGGUGAAUUGCUCAAAAUUUCCAAAACCUGAGGUAGAAACAGGCUGCAAAGGGGUCGCAUUCUGCCGGAUUCUUACGAAUCGAAGACCUCUAACAAAGUAUUUGAUUACUUGACGGUAUCGGGUAAGUCUUAUAGUUUAGUAUUUAAUUUGUCGUUUUAUUGCAGAAUCCGGAUUAGUAAAGUACAGCGCCGGCGACUAUGUUUCUAUUUUUCGCUCCUUUAGGCCAAAUCCACCGAACAACGAGCAAGUGACCUUGUGAAUUAAAAGAAGUGCAAGGCCUAGCUAGAUUGUGCAAGGUCAGGAGUUGAUUAUCAAGACCACAUUAUGUCCUUCCACCAAGAUUUAAGUCUGCGACGUUACUAACUAUGAAACCAGGGACAGAUGGAUAUAUUUCAGUUGAUGCUUUUGACAAAAUAAAUAAAGAUGCAUAACUUGAAUUGUUGAAGCUUACAAUUACCUAACUCUCAGUAUAAGAUCCCUAGAUUCUCGAGAGAUAAGUAAUGAACUUUAUUUUCGGAUCAGAGAAGGGAUUGAAGAGAAGAAAGGUGCCAGCAUUGAUCAAUCAAUUAUUUUGGACUACCUCUGUCAAUCUUGAUGAGGGAAACUAAAAUCUCCAGCUAUAAAGGCAGUCUUUUCUAGCUUAAUUUUUUUAGUAUUUUUAAUUCUUAUAUAAACACCAAUGAAGUACCAGGUGAGCUUUCGCGUGAAAUAUGAUAUCUUCACACUUGAAAAUAACAUGUUAUCUUACAUAAUAAAUCGCGCCUUUCACACCAAAAAACUAUUAAAGUGAAAUGGUUUGGUAUUUCAUUGGUGUUUAUAUAAUAAAUAGAACAUUACAUGGCCGCUUGGAGACACGAAAUUUCUCUUCUAGUGUUGAAAAAAUAUUUGACUCGUUCGCUGCGCCCACUCAUGAAAUAUGUUUCAACACUCGAAAAAAAAUUUUGUAUCUCCGUGCAGCCAUGUAAUAUCCUCUAUAUAUUGUACAAUAAUUAAUGCUAAAAUAUAUUUAUUGAUUUUAUCUUUUGUAAGAGAUUUUGUUAUUGCUAUCAUUAGUUUUAACUUUAUUUCAUUUCAUUUAUGGGUGUAAAUAUUCAUAUUCCUUGCGAUUUGAUUCGAUUUUGAUUCGAUUAGGUAAGUGUUUCUUAAUUCUUAAAACAUAACGCGCAAUGUAAACAGCAUGCAAUCCUAAACCCUCAAUUUAACAAUAGUAACAGAGACAGGAGGAUUUACAGUCGCUUGGUUCGUCGCCAUGUUAGGAAACCUGACAAAGAGUGUGUUGCACAUGGUUAAUUGCCUUAUUUGGAAAUUCUCAAGCGGAGGUUGAAGGACAGCAUUUUUGCCAGGCAACUCAAAAUGGCGCACGAACUGCUAUCGUCUUUGCUUGUCAAUCAAAAACACUCAUUAAAGAGUUCUGGAUUCUUAUUUUAGACUAUAAUAACUCACUGAGGGCAACCUGGAAAAGGUGUGCAAAAAUUGAACCAAAAUUGAAAUGCGGAAGCAAAGAAUCCUGAAUUGAACUGAACGGUCAUAAUCACGAUUAAUCGAGAAUUUGAUUAAUUGUUACACUACUAAUUUUAUUUAGCUAGAUGUCUGGCAUGAUGGCACCCCUAUUGCAAGACUAAAAAUGUUUGAAUAAAGGUUAAAUAAAGUAUAUAGUUCAGUUAAAACACUAUGAUUCAAUGACCACACUACUACAUCUCAUUCAAACUCCAGGUCUGUAGUCUCAAUGUAACUUUAUUGGGACCCACAAAUGUAAAAAAAGGGAGCAGGCUUAACCCUUUUUUAACAGAAGUCAGUUCAAUGACAACAUUCCCAUUCAAUAAUCUCAGUAGCCCAUGUACAACAAUUUUUUCUGAGGGGAAGGGGCAAUUGUACACAUGCUUUUAUCACAGUAUUAGUUCAAAAAACACAUCAACCCAAUUUCCAUUGUCCAAAAUCAAGGAAUUAUAGGAGCAAAGUAUUUUAUUACUUUGGGCAAGACAGCUAGAUCGAGUUUAAGUUGGAUUAAGGGUGCAGGUGCAGGUUUUCUCUUUUGCUGACCAUAGUUCAAUGACCUGACCACAUCUGAGUUCAAUAAUCUUGGCAGAAGUUCAUAAAACACACAUCAAUUCAAUGUCCAGUGACACUACUUUAAGGACUAGGAGCAAUAUUUUGUAUUUUUCUGGGUGAGGUGAAGGCAAUGGAAAGUGGCGAGGGUUUUGCAUGGCUGAGCUUCUGGUCCGUACAUAAAACAGUUGGCAUUUUUCAUUGCUUGACACUGUUAAUAGACCUGACAUUAGCCUACUAAUAGUGUAGUGUAGUGUUUUUUAUUGCAUAUUCUUCCAGUUUGUCCAGGGGCCUGUUUUUACUGUUCUUUCCAUUCAAUGCUUGAAUCUUGAUUAUAAUUUUGCAGUUAAAAUUUCUACAAAGGGGGUUGGGGGUUAGUAGUUAUGCAGAACCAUCUAUACUUAUCUUAACAUUUUUUGCAUUUCAAGGUAAUUCUGUGUCCAUUGAUAAUUAUUAGCUGAUCUUGUAUUCCUCUGCAACUCCAAAGCAGGUCAAAAACUACCCCUUCAGAAGACUUUUGAGGGGAAUUUUAUGCUACCACAGGUUUUCCAAGAAAGGAACCAUGUAUAAGCAAUCACAGGAACAACAAUGUUGAAUCUGGGUAGAAUGAUCCCAAGAACUUCAUAAUACUCAGUCUUUCCUACCACCAGUUGGCAGUGGUACAAUGCAAUCAUCAUUCUCUAAAAUGGCAUUCACAGCAUCUUGUUUGCCAUGAAAUUUGAAAUAUUCAAACACAAUUACUUUUUUAAAAAAAGUGUCUAGGACAACGUCUCCUGUCUGGCCAAAUGGUAGUUACGAUGGUAUCUCAUCGACUACAUCACCCUCUUCAAUCAGGGUAACAAAAUUGUCUAUCAAAUUAAAACCAAAGUCACUAAUAAUUUAUUUGUUAAGACACAAAUGAUGUGUUAUAAAAGAGCAUGGCAAAACCCAAUAUUGGUCUUCUGUGUAAUAUCACAAAAACAAAUAAUAAACAAUACAGACAAUAAGUAUUUGCUGCACAUUCGACACAGCUUCAUCAUAAAAUUAGGUAUAUAAAUAAAAAGUAAGUAGAAUUUAUUUACACCGGGCUAUGCAUUCAGUGACAAGUCUAGUACCCAGUGAGGAAAUCGAACAGUAAAAAACUACAAGUAAAAAAAACCUAGACCUAGUUUUGAGGCUGUUUUUCCUGUACAUAAGCUUUCAUUGUCGAGCAAAUGAUACACAAUGCGAAAUCCUGAGACAAAAAUUUAACAGAUUUAAAAAAUAUUUUGUCAUCUAUUUAAUAACAUAACUUUGAGGUCUUGGGACUAGACUGGUUUGUUGCCUUUUCGAGUACUCAAGAUACAGCGUGUAGCGAAUAGUAUUUUAAAGCUUUGCAAAAUAUUUGGCUUCAUUUGCUGUUGCAACAAUUCUCAGCUCGCCAUUUUUCACUUCGACAGAAGAGAUCGUUUCGUCACUCGGGACCUUAACAGAAACGACUACUAACUUACUAACUUACUAAUUUUCCUGACCGGCUGUUACCUUGGCGUGCGGCAGUUUCAUUAAAUUAAAGGCAGUACCGUCCCGUCCGCGGCUAGUAGUUUUUCGAUUUAAGUUCGGUAGUAUUAAAACAUUAUGUAGUUCGGUAGUAAACAUUAUGAUGCUUGAGUCCAAUGUGUGGGGUGAAAACAGCUUCCUCUUCAUACACACGACGUGGAUAGGCAAUGAUUUGCUCAAAAUUCCCAAAAUGAACAGGGCUGAACUUAUUUUAAAAACUGCAUAUUCGUCCGCCAUUGCUCUUGCCGCCAUCUUGAAAACAAGAUCUGCCAGACGUCUCGCCCGUUGUCUCCUUCCGGCCUUCCUUUGCGCGCAAAUUUUCAUCAAAAGAGAGACGUCUGGGUACGAGGCAGGUAGAUUUCCUUAGCUAUGGGGCUCCGCCCACGCGCGCGCUUCGCUUCCUUUAAAUCUGGAAUGAGACAAGAACCUGUAAGAAAAAUAACACCAUAUCACGGUUAGCAAGAUACGUAGCUAUGUGAAGUUAUGAAUAGAUGAAAAUCAUGUAUGUGAACUGUGGGGUGAAGAGUUAUAUGAAAAUAGAUCACAGUAGUUAUAGACGCAACUUUUGCAGUUGCGAAAAGAAAGCCGGAAAAAAAAUUACGUAGCUGUGUGCCGCUCAGAAGUAUUUGUUGAAAAAAAAAAAUAUAAAAUUCGAACACGUACACAUGUGAUUUCUCAUUAAAAAGCAUUCAUUACGGAACAAAGAAAAUUAACAAACAAAACCACGACGUAGCUGGUUGAGAUUAAUGCAGAAACAUUGCAGUAACGUAUAUAAACAUUAUACCCCCGGUCACUCUCAGGGCUCCCGGACAACCCGUUUACCACAUCGUUUGGUUUGUUCUGUUGAAGGCCUAAAUGAAAUAAACGACCCUAAAUAAUUAAAUAAAGUCCUAAAUGUAAUACCAUUUUUUCUUAAAUGUAUUAAACUCUUAAGUGUGAUAACAUUCGGCCUUAAAUGUCUUGAUAUCAUGCUAACGUCAUCAGUGACGUAAGUAACACGAUUCAUGUCACGUGUCUCAAAGAGUUUAUUUUAUUUACGUUUAUACGACAUCGGCUCUUUGACUUGUAAAUGGCCAUUCCAGGGGAACGACAUUUACCUAAAAGGAUCUAUUAAAGGCAUGAAUUGUUUUGAUAGUAACAAAAAGACAAAACUCUAUCUUUGUUUUACAGAGCCACAGGAGUAUUUAUUCAUUUUUAUUUCCUUUCAUUUUUUUCUCAUUAUUUUUUCCUUGCACAAUUUUAAUGCAAUCCAAUUUUAAAUCGUUUACAAAAUACACGCAUAGCUAAAAUAAUUUUUUCCAAAUGAAUCCAAAAAACUGUCUGGAAACUGUCCUCGACGUCUGAUUGCUUAAUGUCUCCAUGGAAGAAUGUGAGUUAACCAAAGGAGGUCACACAUUUGGGCUACUUGCUGUAAUAGACAGAGUAAGAAAUGACAGGGCGGCUGUAAAUGAGAGCGGAAUAGCCACCCACCACGAAGCAUGGUCCCAGGCUAGAACGGAAGGGACUGAGGCAACUUUAGGUGCUUAAUUUCUUUUGAAAUAAAGAUUCAAAUCCCUGCGCAGCGUAGUUACUUAAAUUAAAUUGUAGAAUCGACGCUGUUACAAGAGUUUAAACCGACGUUUCGGCAAUGUUACCCUCCAGGGUACAAACUAUGCACAAUUAAAAAGUUCGUGCUUAAUUUUUCGCUCUGCCAUUGGUUAUCCUCAUUUUCAGACCUGCACGCGUCGUCGUCACUGCUGUUGCGUUUUCAUGUCUAAAUCUGAGUAAUGUCACUUUUAGGGUAGUCCAAAAAAGCUUUGCCGCAGAGAUUACUACAAGUGUUCUCGCUACGGUGUAGCCCUUGCACGGCAAAGAAAGCCUUAAAUAAUGGAAAAAAGUGUAUUGACCAUGGCUUAAGAAGUCAGAGUCACGUGGGUGUUGUAAUCAGUUGGUCAUGUGGUGGACGUUGACGUGACUGGUUUUCGUGACAGAUUGAGCGAAUGAUCACGAGGCCGUUGUCAUAAUCAGUUAGUUGGUUAAUGACAUGUUACGUCAUUAAUGACGUUAGCAUGACGUCAGUGCAUUGAAGGCCGAAUGUUAUUCCACUUAAGUUUGUUAUUAAGAUGCUAUUACAUUUAGGGUCGUUUACUACAUUUAGGUCCUCUACAUACGCAACGAAAACGUACUUCCAUUCUCUUUUGCCUUCAUAGAUAGACUUCUCUCUACUCCACCAUGCUUGUGAAGAUGGAAAUUGUUUGUUUAUGUAAUCGCUUUUACCAUGGUUACAAUACUAAGAUAAGACUAGGAUAAAAUAUACAUUUGAACGAAAUUAAUAUAUAGAUUUAGCCAGGGCUAAAAGCGAAGCUCUGAUUAAUAAUACGUGUAAACAAAAAAUUUAAAUCGUGUAAUGCUAAACUGGCACGACAAUGAAAAUGGCUUCAAGACUAAUAGAUCUAAUUAGCAAAAAAACAAAUUGCACGUGCAGCACACUUUUCUUCUAAUUAGCAAAAAAACAAAUUUGCACGUGCAGCACGCUUUUUUGUCUUUCCCUUGCCGUUGUUUUGCACGACUACAACGCUGUUUUGUACGACUAAAACGUCAAACUUCCUAGUUACACAUUAUUUGUAUGGAGGAAUUGUCGUAUAUGCUUACCCAAUAUUUUGUUUCCUGUGUUCAUGCAAUCUGUUCGCUUUUAUUUUUCACUGCCGCUCAUUUUCGACUUGCUGGCCGCUAGCAUUUCUCAUUUUGUCACCGCCGCUUUGAAUUUCCAUGUUUUUUUUCCAACGAAAUUCGUCUCCUUUGUUUUCAAUAACUCGUUCUAGCUCUUUCUCGGUUAUCCACGUUAGUGUAAACAUAAAAAAUACCGCCGAAAAAGACGCGACUUUAUUGUUGUUUUUUCUUUCUAAAAGUUCGGCCAUGUGAUUUCCCUUCAAAUAAAACUUUGAGUUGCAUUUGGGUUGCCAUCCCUGUUGAUUGAGUUAUUUUACAUUGGUAUGCCUGUGGUAUGGUAGGCAUAAAUAAAUUGUGGUCGUCAACUNAAAAAACAAAUUUGCACGUGCAGCACGCUUUUUUGUCUUUCCCUUGCCGUUGUUUUGCACGACUACAACGCUGUUUUGUACGACUAAAACGUCAAACUUCCUAGUUACACAUUAUUUGUAUGGAGGAAUUGUCGUAUAUGCUUACCCAAUAUUUUGUUUCCUGUGUUCAUGCAAUCUGUUCGCUUUUAUUUUUCACUGCCGCUCAUUUUCGACUUGCUGGCCGCUAGCAUUUCUCAUUUUGUCACCGCCGCUUUGAAUUUCCAUGUUUUUUUUCCAACGAAAUUCGUCUCCUUUGUUUUCAAUAACUCGUUCUAGCUCUUUCUCGGUUAUCCACGUUAGUGUAAACAUAAAAAAUACCGCCGAAAAAGACGCGACUUUAUUGUUGUUUUUUCUUUCUAAAAGUUCGGCCAUGUGAUUUCCCUUCAAAUAAAACUUUGAGUUGCAUUUGGGUUGCCAUCCCUGUUGAUUGAGUUAUUUUACAUUGGUAUGCCUGUGGUAUGGUAGGCAUAAAUAAAUUGUGGUCGUCAACUUUUGAGCAACUUUUAGCGUUUUCAGCAACUUUUUGUACUGCGAGCAACCUAGACCAACUUUUGCCUUCCUUGCCACCUUUUGACUCAGCAAAUAGUUUAAAACUGACCAAACCAUCAAAAAGGUCUUUAUUAAAAGGUUUUUAUUAAAAACUGGUCAAAACUAAGGAUGUCGUACGUUCUUACAAAUAAUUUAUAAAAUAACAGGUGCGCCCACGAACUGGACAGCAGCUAUCUAUCUAACGGGUGCUUACAUCCAGCGGUUAUUCGCUCCAACAAUAGAGCUUCCCACCCGCCAUCUUGGCAUUUGCUGCAGUGCGAGGCAUCAUAAUUAGAAGCUGAAAAGUCUGACGAGGAAAAUGAAAAUAAUACAGAUGUUGACCCUGUUGAGGCUACCAUAACCGCUGGGGCAACUCUAAGUAGUCUUGUAAGACUUCAAUUUCUAGAAGUUUAAAGAUCAACAAGACAAUGCCCUAGAGGACUACCUUGAGGCUUCAGUUAUGAUAAAAUAUAACAAUGCAAAGAGGCUGUAAACUUCAAAGUUUACAACCUCUUUGCAUUGUUGUAUCUAAUCAUGAUAAGGUAAGAUAAAGGCUGUAAACUUGAUCACUGUCUAAAGUGUAUAGUAAGCACUAUGAUGUCUAUAGCAAACAUUGUGAUGUUUACUCAUUAGAAACGUUAUUAGAAAAUACUUUCUAUUAUUAGUUACGUUGAGCUUAAAGAUUAUAUUGAUCACAACAAAUGAUGUAAAAGUAAGAAACUUUUCUAAAUUUGGGUGGCAACUUUUAAAUUUUUUAGCAACUUUAGAGCAACUUUUGGGUGUAUUGUCAAGCAACUUUUGCUGCAUUCACUAGCACAAUCUAUUCAUGCCUAACGGACGGACGGUCGGGCGGUCGGUGUACGGUCACGUGAUUACCAAAUUUUCUCGGAUGGGUAGAUUACCACAUUUCCUUAGCUAUGGGGCUCCACCCAGAAACGGUGGCGCUCUUAAAACACUGAGAAGAACAGACCUGAGGCUGUAUAAACACUGCUAGUGCCAGUCCUGUACGGGUGUGAAACGUAGAAAAUGAACAAGGGGACGACAGAGCAGUAGAUGUGUUUCAUGACAAAUGUCUACGAAGAGUCCUACAAAUCCAGUGACAAGGGCAUGUCAGUACUGAAGAGCCACUAGAAAUAGCGGAGAUGAAACCUCUGAGUAAAAAGGUGAAACAGCGUAAAUGAGCAAAUGAGACAUGAUCGGACAUAUACUAAUACAGGACCAAAACAACGACUGUAACACAGCAAUGACUUGGGCACCCGAAGCAAACAAAAGAAGAGGAAGACCGAAGACCAACUGGAGGCCCACGCUUGAAAAAUAAAGAAAGAAAGCAGGAUAGGAAUCAUGGGACGAAGUGAGGCCAGGACCAUAGCAGCUAACCGAGAAAAGUGGAAAGACUCUGCGAAGGCCUUAUGUGCCAAUAGUCACAACGGAGGAUAGGUGAGGUGCCACAAGUUGACCUCUGAGAAGAGUUUACCUUCACAAAAGCAGUAAGGCGAGUGGAAGAGGCUUUCAAGGUCGCCAGGCGGACGAGCGAGCGACAAAAUCGUGACAAGUCUUUUUAAGGAAAAAAAAGUCUUUCGCGCGUGUACAUAAUCGGGACAGUGUCUCUUAAAGAUAUACUUAAAAAUUCCAGUGCUUUUCCACGUCUGACAUAGCAGUGUUGUUUUUUUUUUACCUCACUUAAUUUACGUAGAAUUCUUUGGCGUAUUCGAAUCGUUUCCGCCUGUCCACACGAAAUCACCAAAACAAUGGAAAUACGAUGUAUGGCAUCAUCGUUUUCAAAAAAACCUACGUUUCGCCCGUUCACACGAAAACGAUAAGCUGGCGUCUUGAAAAACUCCACUCUGAAACCCGUUUUUAAUCCCCGGAAAUACUGUUUACGUGUGAGCGGAAAGCUAACCGGAGAAAAGAGACCCGUCCCUUAUCAAAAAUACCCGGUUACGUGGGAACUAGGCCUAAGGUGAGCUUAUGAAGCUUGUCUUGUGACCAGACUUCUUGUUGUAUCAACAUGAAACUCACCUUAUUCUUAUCCUUCGCCCUGUAUUGAUCUGUAUUACUUGAAAUUGUUCGCAAAUAAUAGGUUAGUUUAAUAGUCGAAUUUUUUUUGGCUCACAAAAAGACGUUUUUUUUUUUGUUUUUUUUUUUAUAAAGCCACGCCUUUAUUCGCCACGUUCAUUUCAUCUAAAUAACCCAGGCGGGUAUACAAAUUUGGGUUUGUUUAAUUUCGGAUUACAUAGUCUUGGUUAUAAUUUAUCACAAAGCAUGUCUUCAUUGAAAACGAGAUGACCUUUUAAGGAGGACAACCGUUCGCAGACUCGAAGUAACUGCAGCCUAACGUUGCUAGGCUAUCAAUACAACUGAAAGUAAAUAAGUUUUUUUUUUAACUUUGUACCAUUCAUCUUUUAACCCAGGAGUCCCUGCAGCAGCGGAGAUCACAGAUUUACCGGCUAAAACAAAGGAUGUUAGAAUCACCUUAAAAUGGAUAGAGGCUGAAAACAAUGGAGCUCCUAUAACCCAGUACACUGUGUACCGAAGAACUGUCCGUGAGGAUGGCACAUCACUGACUUGGAUCAAAAUAAAGGAAAUUUCGUAUACGUCAGAUCGUAAAGUUGUUGUUAACUUGGAAAAAGGCAAAGAAUAUGAAUUUGUAGUUUCUGCUACAAACAGUUUUGGAGAAGGAGGGAAAGAAGAAAAAAAAAUCAGGAAAAUAAAGGUGUUGGGAGGUAGGUGAAUUGAAUAUUUAUCCUUUUUUACAAUUUCUACUAUAAAGGUGGACAUAAUGUGUGGCAUUGGACUCCAUCCAAUGCUUGUAUAAUACGUAGCAUCUGUUUGUUGAGAAGUGUCUUUACUUCACCUUCGCCCAGUAUGACCCUGUGUACACCCAAAACAAAGGAGAAAGCGUGUAAUAGUUGUAAUCCACUGAUGAAUUGUCGUGCGAUGUUAUCGGCUAUUUUGGGUCACGUGGUACGGAAUCGGACGGGUGUUAGGCAAUACACCCUAUCCGGGAAGAUAUUUGCUUUACGAUUUUUCAGUGGCAAGAAUAUGACAAAGUGAACAAAGUGCAGUCUCAUUCCAGUUUUUAUUCUCUUUAAUAAUUUAGGAUGAAAGUAGUAAAAACAAACUUAUUUUGUUUAAUCCAGUUUCACUAAAAUACAGAGAAAUCAAUAAAAUAAGCUAUGAAUCGAAGAUGAGCAAAAUUUUCGAAUUGAGCUUUAUAUUUAUGCAUUUGAACAGAAACCUGAAUACUGUGUUUUUACGCAGUCAUAGCUGUCAGCUAUGGAAAAGAAUACUUCAAGUGUUUACGAAGAUAAGCCUUUUUUGUUACAUUCAGCAUGGAGAGAAGAGAGAAAAAAGCGUAGCAGGACAUGAAAACGAUUAAUUGAUCGAGUCGUACAGUGCGCAACCAACUAGAGCAUCAGUUUGAGUCAUCUCCGAUUAUCAGGUGAUUUAUAACUAUGGAAAAUUCCGGUCAGUUCAACCUGUUCUUACAGCUGGGCCUCAUAAUUAGUUCUUCUUCCUUUUCUUUCUAUGACUUCCUCAGCUUCCACCAUCCACAGCAACGUACAAAUCCAGGUUUUGACAGCAGUUCACUAAUGUAAAUCAUUCAACUGCUCCAGGUUUUUCAGUUUCUGUGUUUCAUACUUUUAAUAACUUUUCUAGCCCUUGCAACCGCAGUUAGUCAUAUGGUUGGAUUCUCUUUACUUAUCCAAACGCUGUUUUUCGAGUUUUGAUCUUUGGGGCGUUUCAAGAGUGCAUUUGACAUGACAGCCAGUCAAGCCCUGGUCCAAUCUCAGUUUCAACCAAAAAAAUCAACCAAUCAAUGUGUUUGUUUGCGUCAUUCGCAAUAUAGUAAAAUUUGAAUUAUAAUGAUAAAAAUUUAAAAAAAUUAGAUAAAUUUCUGUGUUAAAAAUAAAACAAUUUAGAAACAUAUAAUAUCAAGAAAGAUUGUAUGCUAGUCUAAAAAAGUAAGUCGUUAACUUUGAUUUGAAAACAGUCAGAGUUGCACUUUGUGGUAUUUCACGAGGGAGGUUGUUCCAAAGAAGAAGGUCCUGAGUGUGCGAAGGCGCGAUCACCAAAUGCCUUGUGGUUAGCUCUAGGAACAGCAAGAAGGUUAUGUUCGUUUGAACGCAGCAGCAUUCAGUACUUUUUGAAGAAGAUCAGAUUGGUUUUUAAAGGCGACAUAAAGAAAAGAAUCAGUGCAGUAGUCCCAUUAUGGUAUAUCGGAUGAUAAUGCCCUUGGCUAAGAGAUUGUCCUCAAAAUUUUACAUUUGCCCGAGAAGCAAAUGUUUAUCUCUCAGCCGUAGGCAUUGUCCUCCAAUACACUAGCCACCGGGAGAGGUUUAUUUACUGAAUAAUACACGACUUUGCCUUUAGCCUACCCUUUUCUAGCUACUUCCGCUGCCUCCAUCCAUUGAUGAGGCGUCGCUUGUUCCAGAAAAAAAAACAACAACAACAAUAACAACAACGACAAAAAAAAGAAAACCGGCUUUGCUACAUACCGGUACUUACAUGUUUGUCGAUCAUUAGUCUAAAAGACUUAAAUUUAUGGAUUUUUUUGUGUCGUGUUCUAAGUGAAUCUGUUUAGUGCUUUCGAGACGACUUAUUUACCAAAAGAGUAUGAAAGCACACUAAUCUUUGAUCGAAGUGAAGGACUAAACAAUACAUUGAGACAGUAUUAAGCGUUUAUCAUGAUAGCGUAGCCAGAGAAGUAGGGAGAUCGAGAGCCAAAUACGGGUAGAUAUGUUUUUCACAACUGGCAAUGCAUUAUCAAAGUCUUCAUUGUACCCUUUUUCAUUUUUUAACAUCAGCUAUGCGCAAAAGUCGUACUCCAGUUAUUUAAGGAAGGACGAGUAAAAACUUUGAAAGGAAAAUUAACAGCUCUGUGGCAUUUCUUUGUGCGUAAGGUGCCCCAUCACCAGUGGCCUUCACAUACGAAUUAAAAGCUGAUGAAAUAACCUUGAAGUGGGAGGAACCAAACACCAACGGAGCAGAAAUCACAAUGUAUACUGUGUACUAUGGAACCCAAAGUGAUGAGCAAUGGAAGGAGACUGAAAAGAUAACUGAUGUCUCAGUACGUAAAUAUGUUGUGAAAGUCGAAAUGGGCCAGAAGUAUAAAGUACUGGUAACAGCAAGCAACAAGUAUGGAGAGAGUUCAAAGGAAGGCAAGAUGCAACGUAUCGACGUACCGGAAGGUGGGUUAAGCUCAAGUUUAACUGAAAGAGUGUAUCUCAGGGAAAUACAUAGUAGAUCACUAUACACAGUAGAUCGUUCAGUGAUGUUCACUAUACACCUUUUUAGCUUGUAGGUUUUGUUUUCACAUUUCAGACCACGUGAUGUUUCCUCAGAUAAUUCUUUCUUUUAAAUGUUGAACGGUAAUCGUUACAGAUGUUAUAGCCGUUUUCGUGCUAGAGACGGAACAUCUCUAGUGUAAAAACGGCUGAUAAAAACCAGUUCCCUACAGUGGCAAGCCACUGACAAAAAAUCCACAGAUUUCAACUGAGCUUCGUACGCGUAUCGCAGCCAGUGGCCGUAUUCACACUAGAGACGGAUGGUCCGUCUGAGACGGGUUUUGAAGAUGGAUUAACCGUCUCAGACGGAUCAUCCGUCUCUAGUGUGAAAACGGCCUUUGUGUGCUAUUCAAUUUAAAUCAAUGCGGGGAAAAAUUAAUUGUAGAUAAAACGCUGUUCGUAAAAGCUAGAAGUCAGUAACUCCGACUUUGCGACAAUGCCACCUUUAUUGAUCCAUUGAACAAUUCAUGAAAUGUGAAUCGUUCAUGCGUUGUAGGCCAGGCAGUUAGUACUAAGAUAGGAUUAUUAAAUACGACAAGAAUCGUUAAAUAAGUAACUUAGGAAAUAAUAGCAAGACUGGCCGACCGAUGGAGAAUGUCAAAAGGAGUUAUAAAUAAUUUGUUAGCGCUCAAAAAGCAACCCUCGCGGCACUGAAUCUUGCCUUCUGAGAAUUAAUUUUUGACUACCGUUACAAGAAGUCUCAGUUAAAAAUAACCAAAUGAACAGGUUUAACUGUAAAUCAUUCCUAUGUAACACGUUAGAAUCAUAUGAUAGUAUUCUUAAAUAUUUUUCUCAGGUUCCUCUAAACCAACAGGAGGCCAAACAGGUGAGUUGCUGUUACUCAUAAAGGCGGAAAGAGAACCAAGGUUAAACUGCACUUGUUCUAACCAACAUCAGUGCCAUACCUCUUUUGCUUCAGUGAAAUCAGAAACGCUUGAAGGGUAACAAAUGCAAUAUAACAAAAUAUAGACGGUUCAGAGGCCAUUUUCAUUCAACCCAAAAGUGCGGAAAUUUCGGUUGGUUCAUCAAAUGGAACGGACCAUUUCGGUUUGGUCCGACCAGAAUAUUCGGGACCAGCUUUGAAGGUGGUCCACUAUGACCGGUCUGGUCAUUUCGGUCGGUGGGACCGAAAUGUCCCUUUCCAUUUGCCAAAAUUGUUGUCCCCAGUACAGUUCUUUUCUAUCCUGCAUACAAGAACAAGUGGUUUUCAAUGGAAAGCGAAGUGCUGUGAGUAAAGCAUGACAUCUCAAAUAGUUUGAAACCUGGUUUGAAUCAGUUGCAAUUUUUUUUCGAUUUUUGAUAUUUGCCAUUAACAGUGUCAAAUAACUGACGCAACAAGACACGUAGGUGAAAAAAAGUGUGUGUAAUUAAGCUACAAUUGUAAAAUGUCCGUGAGAAUCAGCGUAUUAUUUGUCUGAAACCUGUCGACGAUAUUUAACUAAAGCAAUUUAUCAAUUAAGCUGAAAUGAAUACAACAAAGCCUGGCUGAAUACAAAUAUAUGUUGGCCAAAACACCGAAUUUAUUUACCGUACAGUUCCAGGAAUUGCUUCGAAUCGUUCGAAUAUUCUGAGAAAUGUAUCCCUUCAAUUCACAAGAAUUUUUUACCUUCACUUGCAUUCAUAGGCUUUCUACACGAAAUAGGAUUCCUCCGCCUUUAGUUUUCCACCACAACUUUUCGACAGUCGAGUGUUCUUUAAUAUAAACAGUAUUUACUUUUCUCUUUUAGAGCGUAAUUAUGAGUGUGCUGCGAAGCCACAAUAACAAAACGCGCAUUGGCUGGGGUCGGGUCUGUGCAACCGAAAUGUACCGUUCCAUUGAGCACGUGAAGUUUCCAAAAUUUCAAACCGCAUUUUUUUUUAAUGCAAAGCGCCCUAUAUCUUCUGUAUCCUCUCUUUCUACUUGUAGCAUUAGGAUAGUGCAUCUGUAUCUGUCGCUGCGCUAUUGCUUACAACUAACAGCAAACAUUUCGUUUUAGGUUCCUCGUGUGGUAAUCAAAAGGAAAUUCUUCAUGCUGUUUAUAUCACCAUCAUCUGUCUUUUGUUAAUAAGUAAUCUUAUUCUGAUAUUCGUCACCUGCCGAAUGCGCACCCGCUCAGGUAAGUAAGUUUUUGUAUCAAACGCAUUUGUCUUGUUUCUUAUUGAAUUCGCCACGGUGACUCAACAUGCUGACAGUAGAUGAUACAGGACUUAAGUCCCAAUUGAUAUCAACCCCUUCAUGACCCAUCCAGCAGUUGGUAUAAGCCCAGUUUCUUUCGCAAGGCGUUAAGAUUUUUUCAAUUCUUAGAACAUCGUUUCGCUUUAAUACUGGAUUUUAGAGGCUCUUUCCGAUUUUCGUUCAAACUAUAGAGUAUCAGAUGCAGGGUGAAUGCGGCCAUAAUUUCGUAAGUUACGUUAUCACUAAGGUUAUUACAAGAAAAAGACAAACUGGAUGUAGUAGACGUGAAUGCGUAAGUAAAAAUCCCUGAAAGGCUUGGUAAUUGCUGCGAGGACUAAAGAUACUCACAUCUUGUAUAUUGUAUUGAGCUCCAGAGAUAUAUCAAUAACUAGUUGUCAAAAGUGUCUACAAACUGAACAAGUCUGAACAUAUUUUUGUUUCAGAAAAAUCACGGGAGAGAAAGUAAGUAACUUUCCUUAUUAUUAUUAUCAUUAUAGUUUUCUCGGAUUCAUCGCUCCGGCGAAAAUAUAGAGAGAUGAUGUAUGCCGUUUUUCGGCAAAAAACUUGUUUAGGAAGAAUUUAGCUAUACCACAGUCACUAACGCUACAAUUUGCACCAAACCACGUGACUUACCGAUGUUUUACCUUAUCGUGGUAUGUAGGGUUGUACUUUAUAUUUCCGGAAUGGUAGGAAUCCAAAAUAAAAGUUGAGUCUUACAUCUAUUAUAAAUGUUUUAACUUUACCAUUCCCUUCGUCACCAGUAUCGGGGUGUUAAAGUCCAGUCUCAACAAAGAUUGUUUAUAACAAGGGUAAUAUCAUAGACAAUUAAAGGUUAUGUGACUUACAGGUAGGUCGAGAAAAGCUUAAUAGCGUCUUGCUGGCACAAAUUUUAGACUAAAAGUUUUUCAGUACUGUUUACUUUCUUGUCAACAGAAGUUGUCCAAGAUGCGGAGAUCUUCUAGCGAUGGCAAGUUAAUACGUUAUUGCUAAGAGCAUUUGUGCACACCUUAUGGAAUUUUGGGCGCGAUGAAAAUGAAUCAGUGGGGGUGGGGUCCGGUGGAUGGAGUGAAGGUGGGAAUAGAAAAACCACUGUCAUUUUGCCUUGUCAAGCUCUAAAAAAAGAGAAUAUAUUUCUGAGGUUCUCUUCUCUUUUUUAGCGAAUGACGGAAAGCUUGAUUGGACGCUCCCUAUGAAACUUGAACUCAGAACAUUUCUUUGCGAUAUUUGCCAUUAUGAUAUUUAAAACAAGGAGUUGCACAGCGCACUAAUUCAUUUGAUUCAUUCAAUCAUUGUCGAUCACUUUAAAAAAGGCACUUUACAGUUGAGCGUUGUUGUUCUACUGCUGAAUCUUGUCUCACAAUGUUUGACAAUAGAAUCCCAUUGCUGUUAAAGUAGAGGCUGACACACAAUCCUUCGAUGUGGAGCGAACGUUUGAAGCCCCGACCUAUGCAUCCACAGCAAGUGCAGAUUACAUGCCACUUCAUCCCUCAACGAGAAGCUGGGAGAUCAGUCGCAGACAGGUCAACAUAGUUAAAGUCAUUGGUAAAGGAGCUUUUUCACAAGUUGCCAAGGCGACAGUAAACGACAUGCAUGGAGGCCAGGAUACCUUGACAGUAGCAGUAAAAAUGCUUAAAGGUGUAGUGUAAUUCAGUGUACUAUGACUAACAGAUAGAGAUUUGGGUAAGGUUGUGUCCAAAGGUAUGUCAAUAAACUAUAAAAGGCAUCUCGUUCAGUUGGAUGGUUUCGAUGCAAACAAAACAAAACAAAAAAACAAGUGGACAGAGAACACUGACAAAAGCUCACUGCAGCAAAUUUUAACGAUUGCCGCAAUAAAGUAAUGGUAAAAAAUUAAGAAUUUUUUUUGGGUUCUUCUUUUUAGCAAAUGCUCCAGCUUCAGAUAAAAAGGACCUUCUGUCAGAACUUGACGUGAUGAAAAAACUAAAACCUCAUCCCCACGUGAUCAAGCUGUUGGGCUGCGUCACAGAAACCGGUAAGGGAUGUGUGAAGGAAGUAACGUUUCAGUUUCUUGAAAUUUGUGGCAUAUAAGUUUUCCUAGUUAUUGUAUACUGCCAAUGGCCAGAAGUUAUAGGAACACGUUAAUUAGAAUAAAAGCAAACGUUUACAUAACAGAAGUUUUCGAUUAGUCCCACGGAACAAGUUUGGUACACCACCGUUCCAUUGUUUUGGAACACAGUAUGUUCUCCAUGAUGUAUGCCAUAUGGAACAAUUUAAUAGGCAGAAUAUAUUAGAAUGGAUAUAUCACUGAGUUGAACAAAGUCAAACAAAGAGAACUAAUUCCAUAAGUUGAAGUAGAUAACUUUAAGGACGGUGCCCACUAUUGUUACUGCGCACAUUUUCUGCGCAUGCCAAGGUAGUGGGGCGCGACGCGAAAGAAAUGCGCAACACGCAGGCCACGCGGACUGGUUUUGUCUCCUGUAAGUCUGGGAGGUUCGAGUUAUUUCUUGUGGAAAAGCUGCAUCGUUUUUCAACAGAUGAAAAAUGAUUUCUAUUUACCUUGUCAGUUCUUUGAAAACCGAAGAAGUAUGCGCAUGUUGCUAUUUCUACUUAUGAUCGAUCUGACCGAACAUUUUAUAGUCAGACAAAAGUCAAUUCUAAAACAUCAAAAGUUAUUGCUUCAAGAUGUUACGCUUAGAGCUUGGGUAUUAAAAAAUCCCGUAAUAGGCAAGGAUCAGUAAAUCAGAGGGAAAAUAGCUCUAAGUCCUCUGCUUAAUCGAGAAACUGCAAGCUUACCUUUCACUAGCGUCCUUCGCUUUUUAUCGGCUAAUCGGCUUUAGUAAAAUCCAACUAGUGGUCUAUUAUCAAUGCUGCUUUCUGAUUGGUUGAGCUACUACUAGGCUAUAUGUUAUAGUCCACUAAGAGCGAAAAGUACCGGCUUUGAAAACCAACACAAUGGCGGCUGAAUCGCGUUUUGCUAGCUAAAGUUGUUUUGUCUCGGUAUUGUUGACCAACUAGUUGGAUUUUACUAAAACAAUUAUUCCUCUCGCCCUCAUGGCCUCUGAGUCAAUAGCUCAUUUGGCCUUCGGCCUCAUGCGCUAUUGACUCAGGGCCCAUUCUUGUUUUGGCAUUACUAAGCAUUGAAAUUAUUGACUCAUUGGCACCUUGUCGUGUAGAUAGUAUUUCUUACGGUUCAAUUUCACCCCACAUAAUAUGUAGAUUUUAAUGCUAAAGGUGAAAGCACGCGCACGACACGCUUUCACUUUAAAACAAAAGAUUUAUUUUAACACGCUUUAGCACGCUUGCAAUCUUGCCUCAUUAGGAAUUUCUUUUGUUUCAGAGGACACGCUUGAAACAAUUAAGCGUGAGCAAGUCGAACAGAAGAGCGUGUUAAAGUUUUUCAAACAAAAGCCCCGUGCGAAAAAGCACAACACGCUUUCAGUGUGCGCAAAAGCACGCAAGGAGUGUUAUGUAUAAGCUAAAUAAAUUUCCUCUACAAAAAGGAACCGUAAAUGAUUAUGAACGGCACCAUUUUUUUGGUAACUAUCGAGAAAGAAAAAGUUCUACCUAAGCAAUCGCAGCGAUAGUAUCUGAUUGAAAAAAAGUUGUCGCUUGUAAAGUAUAAACAGUGAACGGUGGGACCUCCUGGAUUUAUGGGUAGAACUUUAUAAGCAUUGCAAAAUCAAAGUUCUUUCCAGAAAUGUUUACUGACGAAACUGUGCAAAGGUUAUUUUAACUUUCCUUAAUUUAAAACACAUUCUUCUUGAAAUAUUACAUCGCGUAUGCUUCAGUCUUAUUGUCCAAAUUCCGUAAUCAUCCUGUUGUCUUUCUUGUGGCUGCCGUCUGUUUUACAACCAUCUAAACAAACAUUCGCGCUAUGAAGUUACGGCGACCGAUUUAGCGUCAUCAGAAGUAUUACGGCCUACAAUUAUUUAAGUGUCUUAAGUAGUCUGCUACACAGCCGUUUUAGUGUCGUCACGCAACGCUCCUUCCACCGAAAACGGCUGUGUAGCAGACUAUUAUUUAAGCGGCGCGAAAAUAAUUUUUUAUUAUGUCGCGCUAGUUUACUGCGUCUUUUAAAUGCCUAUUUUACUUUGAUGCCCGAGUGGAUUUGUCACCCUCCUGAAACUUGGUAGUGCCUUGAGGACUAAGUUAAAACAACAUGAGGCCUGAAAUUUCACCAUGCUCAACAUCCAACAUGUCCUAGCAUUUUAUUACCUGAAACUUAUCGCGCUUGUUUCGUCUCAUCAAAGUUUAAAAAAACGAAAUAUAUUCUAUAGUACUACUGCCGUUAUCGUUGUUGUUUUGUCUGUUAUGAACGCAGCGACGGAAACAUGGAAAAACGGGCUUAGGAUGAUGUACCCGCUAACGGAAACACGUUUGCCUCUGUGUUUUUCGCAACGGAGUCUACUGUUCUACAGUGUUUUUAGUUUACAGAUUAUUAUUUUUUUUUUCGUCCUGUGAAGAACCAGAUAUAGUACACGUUUACAGCGCUUGAUCCGUCUUAGCAUAGAGUAACGGAGAUAUCUUCACAUAAAUUAUGAUUGAUGGUGCUUCGUUCGUCAGGGGCACCUAACGGCGAUUUCCUCCUAAAUGCAUCCUAGCAUCCUAGGACAACUUCAGUCUUUUCGAAAUUACAAGGGCUUCAGAUUAUUUUCCCGAAAAAAUUAGCUUCCAAUUGAAAGUUUUAGGAAAGUGAGAAUUUUAUCGUAUUUUCGGUUCCGAAAAUUUUGAGAUUCCUUUCUCUUCGAAAAAUAGCUUAACGUAGGGAGAGAAAUGGAAAAAAAUUUAAGAAAAUCGUAAGGAAUUUAUUAGACAAGCUUCGAAAAUUGUACACGUAUGGAACGGUCAUCUAGAAAUGCUUAGCCAUCCUCAACCUGUAGAAAAUUCUAGGCAGUUUUUGUUUCUCCGAUUUACCUUCGUUCGUCUCAGCAUGGCUUAAAGAAAUAUAUUAAACUAAUUUAUUCAACUUCAUUUCUCUGGGCAUUACUGCUAAUAAAUAUUCCGGUGGCAUAACUAUAUUUUUCAGGCGACAUAACUUCAGUGCCUCGCAUGCGAUAGCAGGCCUCUUUGCGAUUCCGGUCAACAGCCGACAGCCGGAGGAAUUGGUUUACACUGAUCUCGCGUUAAUUCCAGGAUAGACGACCAUUAAGAGGUGAUUUUCAAAUAGCUACGGUUACGAUCAAAUUCCAAAACAGUCUCAAUUGGUAUAUUUGAUUCACUUCGACCAGUUAUCAAUGCUGAUUAAAUCCACUGAAAACCCAAGCCAUUUUUAUCAUCUUAGCAGUUUUAGUAAUCAAGCGUGUUCAGCGUGUCUUACCCAAAUUGCACGCUAAGCGUGCUAGAAUUCGCACACUGACCGUGACAUAUGGCACGCUACAAAAAAGCAAAAGGUCUAGCGUGUUAAAUUUACCAAAACAAAGGCAAGUGUGUCCGUCUUUGUUUUUUCAAUUUAACACGCGCAUAUCCGUGAUCUACGGCACGCUAAGCGUGUCGUGCAAGCGUGUCGUGAGCGUGCUUUCAACUUUAGCAUCAAAUUCCCGUGGAGGGUCACAUAUAGUCUGGACAUUUAGACAUAGCUCCCAUUUGGCUGUUUACAAAGUAAAGUUGGAAGGUAAAAUAAAGUAUUUCCAUUCUAAGACUUUCUUAGGUUUAACAGACACUGUUAAGUCUAAAAUUAACAUUUAGCAACGAAAAAUAGUGAAUGAUCAUGACACAGAAUGCCACAGUAAAAAGAUCAAAACGAAAUAUAUAAAAUGAUCAUUAUAGCCCAGUUUAUUUAUGAGGGUACAUAAACGCAUUCGGUACAACUACAUUCGCAGUAUUCAGCUUUUUAAAAAGAGAGCUAAUGUGUGGAACUUGAGUCUAUGCAAAUCAUUUAUGUCAUUUGACACUUGUGGCAAAGCCCGAAAGAGAUAGCGCAAAGGACAGAUAUAAGCUCCUUGAAUGUAUGCAAGUUUAAUAACAUAUUCGAUCGAGGUACCCGGUGAAAUGAUAAAAAACGAUAGAAGGUUUACAAUCCAUAUUACAUUUAUAGUUCAAAAAAUCUUGAGGACAGGUACGGUUAAGCAAACGAUUGAAGGAGUAUCUGUCUUAGAGUCCCUGUCGACUAUUUUCCACUACAGCACAGUAGUUUGUUUACAGCACCAGCCGUGGAUCUUGAGCUCGCCAUACUACUCUAGGUGCGCUGCAAGUAAUCUCUAAUACCUUGGAGAUUGCUCUUCUCUAAACAUUUUUGUUAAAUGUUUGAGACAGAGAAGCUCCAGUUGAAUGAAAUAGUAUAAUUUGUUUUCCUUAGAGUCCAUGAAAUGUCCUACUUCACUUUCUGUUUUUGCUCUCCUCCGUGUGUUGUUGUUUUCUCUGACUGUUAGCCGUUCUGGACAUCCCAGAGUACUCCGCGUUGAGUGAAGCAAUAGUGCAAUUGACCGGGGAGGGGAUGGGGAAAAUUGUAAAUAAACCCCAAAGCGAUUAACUUAAGGUCGAAACCAAUCAAUUUAACUUUUAAAAACGCGUAGUAACCCCUACUUUUUAUCUUACCAAAUGAAAGUAAUAAGCCUACUCAGCAAACGAUCAAUUUUUGGUUCGAGAAAAAUGUCGUUUACACUAUUUUUGAGGCAAACGCGUGGAGAGGGGUAACUGCUGAUAACUUCCUAGUUGUGCUGAUAUUUCAAAAAAAGACGUCUAAAGAGCAGCUGUUAUGUUAUCAUUUGUUGCCUAUUUUGAAACCUUGUUACAAUUAUCAUUGCAUUUAUGCCAGUUCACGUAUACACUCUUAAAUUUUGGGAAAAAAUAACUUUUUCUCAUUUUUCUAAAAAACGCCUAUUUUUUUUUAAGUAUGUUUGAAAGAAAUAUUGCAAAGUGUCAAAGAAAAUGAAAUAAUGUUGCGGUUAAAUCCAGUUUAAAUUUAUAUGGACAGUGAGGGGACCAUAGAAAGUGUCGGUAUUAACUGAAGGCUUUCUUUCCUAAGGGACAAAGCAAAGUGCCCGCAAAAAAAAAAAGUGUCCGCGUUUAGCGGAUGUCUGUAAAGCGGGGUUUCACUGCAAUUCAGGGCUUUUUAUUUUUGGCCUUCGCUUCUGUUCCCUAAAUUGCAUCAAACCUGCAAUGAUCAUACCUCCAGUUAGAUUUUGUAUUGUUGCAGUUCACAUAAUCUUCACAGAAAGGUACUAACGUUUCAUUCUAUGUCUUUUAGUACGAACAAAAUCAUUAAUAUUUGCUCGGAGAGUAAAUCGGAGAAUUUUCUAACGAUAUGUCAUAAGUAGGAACUCAGGUUUGAAGAUUAUGUUAUUAUAUUGGUUACCAUAGAGCCCUUGUUGGUUUUAAUUGAGUAUGUCCCGUACGGUGACCUACUGGGCUACUUGAGGAAGAGUCGAGGACUGAACGACACGUACUUUAAGGACCCGGAUAUGAAGCCACAGACCAAUCUUUCAGCAGAACAGUUAAUGAAAUUCGCUUGGCAGGUGGCAGAUGGAAUGUGUUACUUAUCCUCAAAAAAGGUUUGCUUUAAUUGUGCUUUCAACUAGAAGUAACAAUUUGACUUGAGAACUGAUAUUGGAACUGAAAGAUAUUAUAUUAUGAACAUUUAUCCACAAGAUAAACCUUUAUGGAACAUACGAUUGAGCACUCACAGCUUAAUUAGAAGCUUAAGUGUUAGUCUUACAAACCUUGCCCAAUUCUAAACAAAACAUUAUUAUGCUCAAAUAAUGAAUACCACGUAAUGAAUAUAUAAAUUUCAAAUAAAUCUAUUUAAAAAGUUACAUAAACGAUGUUGUCCAGAGAUACCUAUCCCGUGGGUGUGAAGGGUCCGAGCUCGUUGUGUGAGUUUGUGACCAGCAGCUCAUGUGGUCAUUGGUACCAGUCUUUUCUGAACAAGCUGAACAAGGUGCUCCACUUGCGUUCCUCGUCAUAUGCAAUACAUUGUGUGAGAGGUGUAAUAGGAGCAGUCCUUGCCAUACUCAUAAAAGAGACUGCUCUAUUAGGCGAGUAUGAAAGAAACACAGAGUUUCGAAGGCAAACAAUGAGGUAAAAUCUCACGACAUCUCACAUUAGGCACCAUGGGAAACUUACACCAGGCGCAGCGGAAUCAGGAGGAUCUUUGUCUUGCUGAUAACUUUCUCUAGCAAUGGCCUUUCUUGGCGGUUACUCAAAAUAGAACAAAAAAGUACCAUCGCAUCUUUUCCUCUAUCGUCUCUAGCAACUAAAUGUUUUAAAUUCAGGAUGUAGUUUGUAAAAAAAAAAAAAAACCUUCUUUCCGUAUUAGAUAGGAUUCCUUUUUUCUAUAUCAAGCGAUUGUCUUCAACGAACUGUCAUGACAAAAAAAGUUAUCAAAUUAAUUUGUCUCUUCAGAUGAGCCCAGUUGCCGGGACCAAUUUGGCCUCGGGUUCAAAUGUGAAAUUUAAGCCCGGUUUCCAAAGUCCUGGUUGGAAAAACCGCGCGCGAGAUCUGGGGAACCGAGCCAGCCCACCCUCUCAUAUGAACACAUUGAAGUUAGAGGUAAAUAAGCGAGAUCUUGGAAACCGGGCUCAUGUGAGGAGGCCCUAAGCACAGCUUUGAAAAGAAUCUUAUUUUUAUCUUGAUUCGAUUUUUGAAAAAGCCCUUAUAAAAAAUUUUUGUGAUGUAGAUUAUCCAUCGUGACUUGGCUGCAAGAAAUGUUCUGGUUGGUGAAGGAGAGAAAUGUAAGGUGACAGAUUUUGGAAUGGCAAGGGAUGUGCAUCAAGAAGACAUUUACAACAAAACGAGUCGCGUGAGUUCAACUAAGCACACCGUUUAAUUUCAAAUCAUGUUGGGUUUUAUCACAAAAUUGCGUAGAAUCUGUAGUCAGGGGCUCAAAUUGCUACUUUGAAAGCUCGAUUAUCGUUAGCGGCAUUUAAAAAGUUGCUGAGAAGGUAAAAACAAUCAAAACAUCGGCUAAAGGGCGGAAAUUAAAUUUAAAAAAAUUAUUAUUGAUUCUAAUUUGAUUGUUUUCUAAGGGACGUCUGCCAGUGAAAUGGACUGCUUAUGAAUCGUUGAUGUAUGGAACAUACACUACACAGAGUGAUGUGUAAGUAUGUUUUUUAUUAAAGUCAACAUUUUUUUCACGUUAAGCAUGUAGAACGUUGUCUUUUCCAAUGAGUCACAAGGCUUUCGUCUGUCUCUUUUAUGCCUAAAAAGAAAGGUAUGUUACGUUCAAUAAUUAAACUUCAACGAUAAUUAUCUCAACAAAAUGAAAGACAAGUUCAAACGUGACUGUAGCUUUUAAAAAGCCGGUGCACGAGCCUACUCUUCAUCUUUUUAGUUAGUUAUAACUGCUGACUCGGAUUGUUUUGUUCUAGCUGGAGUUAUGGCGUCGCACUUUACGAGAUUCUUACUGUUGGUGAGUUGGGAAAAUUGUUCAUUCUGAUAUUUUGUUGUGUACUCUAUUUUGUUCUUGUUUUACAUGGUUCGUAAUAGAUAGAACAGAUACAAAAUGAAACAAAAGCAAAACUCCCUGUACCUUAAUGUCAAUAAUCAUAUCGGAAUGAUUGAGCAAACAAACAAACAAUGCUUGAUCAGUUUUUAUUAUCUUUUUAAAUAAUAUUGUGUACUGUUCUUAUGAGAAACAAAACAUUCCAAAACUCAGAGGCAAGUUUUACCAAUUCGAAUUAAUAUUAAUUUUGUUCAAAUCGCGUAAACUUCCCUUAUAUGUUUUCGCUAGUACAGAAAAACAUUCCUUUCUGUUAUGUACUCUUCUUCCUAGUAUAGCUUCAUUUCUUCCAGGUGGAUCUCCAUAUCCGGAUAUAGAUGCCCGUAAAAUCGCCCAGAAACUUCAGGAAGGAUACAGAAUGCCAAAACCAAAACACGUUGAGAUUAAACUGUGAGUUAUAAUACGAGUAGGGAAAAGAAAGUUCUAAGAAGUGAAAAAAAUUAUGAGUACGGAUUCAGUUCUAAAAAUCAGUAGCCAUGCUUUGAAUAUUAGGUUUCCGUAACUGUUCCUGCGUAUUCAGAUCCUCUGGAAUAAGUGGGGCCCCGCUCAUCCAGAGCCUAAUAGCGGAGCUCUCGCGCGCGAAGCGCGCGCAGCGGAGCACCAUCGGUAAGAAAAUUUGGUAAACUAUCCAUCCGAGAAAAUUUGGUUAUGACGUAACGGACGCCCGCCCGCCCCCCCCUACACACACCUCAUGUAAGCCGAUGUCAAAUGUCACAAUAGAUCUUGCACAACUUGACUAGCCUCUUAGUUAUGUAAGCCAUCCGUAUGAGUACUAUUAGAUUGACAGCUGUCAAAAUCAGACAUCCGCUGACAAUUAUCACAUGACCAUCUCGCGGGCUCAGAUGAAAGACCAGUCGUUUUGCCUCUACAUAUAAGCUGAUAUAAUAUGUCACACUUACCAAUUCAAAAUAAAAACGAAAUUACGCCGGGCAAGGCUUUCAGUUGGCUGACAGUCGUUUAAAGUUAUAUUGGCAAGCCAAAUUAAGGUCAAUUGACAACUGUCAAAAUGGGACUUGUGCAGACCACUAUCAGAAAACUAAUAACGUGGGCUCAGGUUCGCUCAGGUACACGAUCUGGCAUUUUCCAAUAAAUGCCGGACGGAUAUGUCUUACUCAUCCGCCCUACUCACACUCGUAGUCUGUUAAUUCGAAUAUUCACCCGUCUAAUGAAGGUUAAUUGACAGCUGUCAAAGUAGAGUAUACGCUGACCAUCAUUACCUAAGUGUAUUGGCCCGUAGUGUUUAAAGUUUUGAUCACGGGCUCAGUUCGAAGCCCCACAGCUUAGAAAAUCUAUCCAUCCUAGAAAAUUCGGCAAUCACGUGACUGUACACCGACCACCCGGCCUUCCGUCCGUCCGCACCACCGGGAUACCAAUGUUUAUUCUCACUUUUUUUUUGGGCUCAGGUAUCGACCCAUUGAGCUCGGAUGCUUUUUUGAAGGCAUCCGCAGACAAGUCGCUACUUUUAAAAUGAUCGCAGGCUCAAGUUCAAUUUUUUUAAACUGCAUAUGAAAUAAGUCGUGUUCAUGAGCCGCCCUUUUAAAACGUUGAUUUCGAACUGACCUCGGACGCGAAAAUUCAACCGGCUUUCACAUUUACAUGCAGGGAAGGCAGUCGCUUUUGACUUUUCUCACUGUCACGCGUUGAUCACCCUCUACGUCCAAUUUUUAUGUUCUGAUUGGUCAAAAUUUGACAGGUGAGUUCAUGCGGAAAAUUUAUGCAGCGUCUGGUAACUUGCUUACGAUAGCUGGGGCUGACAGAGUCUUGUGUCGUCUUGUGAUGUUUUAAACUGUCUUUUUCUACUUGGUGUACAAAAUGAAAUACAGCUGCUAUCAAGAUUGUUCUGUAAUUCAUGGCUGGUUUGUUUAUUGCGCUUUUUGUUGACAAAUGCACCGCUUGUCAAAGUCAUUGGAAAUCUGAUUUCGGAUAGCAUCGUUUUCAAAAAUGAACUUACUCACUUGCCCUUGCUUGAGGCAUAAGAGGGUUGAAAAGUCUUAAGCGAUUCUGGAACACUUGAUGACUUCAGAAGCAGCAUCUCGACUGGUAAGCCUGAGCAAUUAUUGUCUUUGAUGUGUUUUUUUUUUUUCGGUUUGCUGAAGUCGAGCGUAUGGUUUAUGCCGCUUAAGUUUAUACACGAGCAUGAUCUAACCUACAACAGUCUCAGGUUUAAAAAGCCUUUAGACAUUUUUUUGACCGCAAAUUCAAAGAAAAGGUUCCGAAAAUUAUUUAGUUAUGAUUUUGGCUGUAAAAAGAAAGCUCUGAGCGAUUUUUUUGCCUCGAGUUCAUCUUGAAAAAGAGCAAACACAGGGAAGCCCGCUUAAAACAUAAAUAAGCUCAUGCUUACCUGACUCAUGAUUUUCAGAGACACUUUACUCUCAAUACUUCUCUUCGUGAAUGAAAAUUAUUGUCUCUGUACAUGUUUUACCGAAUUAUAUUUAUUUUAUUGAUUGUUAGUAGUCCCUCUCGCAAUUUUUAUCGCUGCACCGGUUGUUUCCAGUCGAUUAUAAACAUCGCAUGCUGGAAUACUCAAAACGCCGCGCGUAAAUAUCACUCGCUUUUAAAGAUUACACAUAACAAAACCAUACACAGUUUAAUAAAUAAAGGGAAAUAAAACCUAAGUAUAACAAUUUCUCUAUCAUGUUGAAGCGUAAAUGGUAACUCUAUUAAUCGCACUGCAAAUCUGGUGCCCUUAAAAAGUGAGAACCCGUCCGGCUGGCCGAAAAGUGAUUUUUUUAUCGUUUUCAUUAAAAGCCCAUAAUUAUUACCCUGCAUAUCACAUAGCACCAGAUUUUUCUGACUGAAAAGUACCGGCAUUAUAGAAUUCUCUUAAUGAAAACGUUUUAUAAUUCAAUGCUAUAAUUUGUGGUGCAAAGGAAGCGCGUGAUUUGAUCGUCGUGGAUAUUGAGUGCAAAUUCUCUUGCAAAAUUGUGAAAACUGCAGAAUUAUAGGUUUAAAUAGGGCAAAAAAGAACAAAUUCUGUCCAAGGUCUGUAUGAUAAAAAAAAGGGCCUCAUAGUACUGUUUACUUGAGACGUGAUGAGAAAAAUUAUGUUUAAAAGGCUGGUUUACACGCCACCAGAUUCGUCGCCAAGAUUUACUAUUAACCUAAACUUGUCGAACACAAAAUCCGCGGGACUGAUUUUUAUUUUGGCCUCUCUUUUAGACAGAGGAAUGUAACGUGUAAAUUGGCUGCCACCAAGGACUAUCGUGGCGCGUGUGUUUCUUAAAAUUGUAUUUCGGGGUUUUCCAAUUAUCCAUAGUCUCUCUAACGGAGCAAUGUUGGAGAGACUGGUGAAUGCCACAUUAUGAUGCAACAGCUAAUGCAAAUACAAUAAGCGAAUAGAUCUAUUUGUUUUUCAGGCCUAAUCUACUGUGAUCGAACAUGAAAUCUAUUUUUGGGUGUACAAAUAAGACUAUUUAAUAACUCGGUGUAAAAUUUGCUUCACUCUUGGACUGUCAAAUUAUUUUUUCUCUAAAAUCACUUAGCCUUUGCCUCAAAAGUCAAACGAAUGUGCCCUGAUCUGUGCAUUACAAGUUUAUUGUUUGAUUUAAAUUAUGAAUUUAUUAACGGGAGCUUCGCUUUUAGCCCUGGCUAAAUCUAUAUAUUAUUAGAGGGGGACCGGCCUCGUCAAAAAUAUUUAUCGGCCCUCCGGGGGGUUGAAUUCGACCAGAAAUAAUCGGGGUCCAGGCCCCUCCCCUAGUUUAGUUAGUAAUGUAGUGAUGAAUAUGUUUCUCUCGAUUAGCUAUCAGAUUAUGCUUGACUGUUGGAGGGAAAACCCAGUGGAUCGUCCUACGUUUGAGAGACUGAGGAACACAAUGAAGGAGAUGGAAGGAAAUCAUAAGGUAAGGAGAGUAAGAACUUUCUUUAAAUUAAAAGGGAGAAACAACUAUGGAUACGGAUGUUUCAUUUAGGGAAGAAGCUAAUGAUUAUUCAAGGGCUGAAGCUGAGAGGAGUGUGUAGCACCCCCCUCCCGCCCUCUUAUCUCAGUAUGAGAGACUGAUUAAAUAUUGAAUUGGUUACUGUAUUUAUUUUUCAUUCCGCUUGGUUUCUUUAGAAGCAGUUUAAUUUAAAACAUUUAUCCAUUACACUAAAUGUACAUGCCUUACUGACCAAGCUACUACAAACCGCCCGUCGACUUGAUUAGCUCAUUUAGAUAGAUAGAUAGAUAGAUAGAUAGAUAGUUUAUUAAUAACCGAUUUGCAACUAAAAGUUGAAUUAUACGAUUAUUUACAAAAAAUUGAAUAUUGAUAAUUACAUUAAAAAGACUACAAGUGAUUUAAAACGCCCGCCCGCCCACCCGUACACACACCUCAUGUAAGCCGAUGUCAAAUGUCACAAUAGAUCUUGCACAACUUGACUAGCCUCUUAGUUAUGUAAGCCAUCCGUAUGAGUACUAUUAGAUUGACAGCUGUCAAAAUCAGACAUCCGCUGACAAUUAUCACAUGACCAUCUCGCGGGCUCAGAUGAAAGACCAGUCGUUUUGCCUCUACAUAUAAGCUGAUAUAAUAUGUCACACUUACCAAUUCAAAAUAAAAACGAAAUUACGCCGGGCAAGGCUUUCAGUUGGCUGACAGUCGUUUAAAGUUAUAUUGGCAAGCCAAAUUAAGGUCAAUUGACAACUGUCAAAAUGGGACUUGUGCAGACCACUAUCAGAAAACUAAUAACGUGGGCUCAGGUUCGCUCAGGUACACGAUCUGGCAUUUUCCAAUAAAUGCCGGACGGAUAUGUCUUACUCAUCCGCCCUACUCACACUCGUAGUCUGUUAAUUCGAAUAUUCACCCGUCUAAUGAAGGUUAAUUGACAGCUGUCAAAGUAGAGUAUACGCUGACCAUCAUUACCUAAGUGUAUUGGCCCGUAGUGUUUAAAGUUUUGAUCACGGGCUCAGUUCGAAGCCCCACAGCUUAGAAAAUCUAUCCAUCCUAGAAAAUUCGGCAAUCACGUGACUGUACACCGACCACCCGGCCUUCCGUCCGUCCGCACCACCGGGAUACCAAUGUUUAUUCUCACUUUUUUUUUGGGCUCAGGUAUCGACCCAUUGAGCUCGGAUGCUUUUUUGAAGGCAUCCGCAGACAAGUCGCUACUUUUAAAAUGAUCGCAGGCUCAAGUUCAAUUUUUUUAAACUGCAUAUGAAAUAAGUCGUGUUCAUGAGCCGCCCUUUUAAAACGUUGAUUUCGAACUGACCUCGGACGCGAAAAUUCAACCGGCUUUCACAUUUACAUGCAGGGAAGGCAGUCGCUUUUGACUUUUCUCACUGUCACGCGUUGAUCACCCUCUACGUCCAAUUUUUAUGUUCUGAUUGGUCAAAAUUUGACAGGUGAGUUCAUGCGGAAAAUUUAUGCAGCGUCUGGUAACUUGCUUACGAUAGCUGGGGCUGACAGAGUCUUGUGUCGUCUUGUGAUGUUUUAAACUGUCUUUUUCUACUUGGUGUACAAAAUGAAAUACAGCUGCUAUCAAGAUUGUUCUGUAAUUCAUGGCUGGUUUGUUUAUUGCGCUUUUUGUUGACAAAUGCACCGCUUGUCAAAGUCAUUGGAAAUCUGAUUUCGGAUAGCAUCGUUUUCAAAAAUGAACUUACUCACUUGCCCUUGCUUGAGGCAUAAGAGGGUUGAAAAGUCUUAAGCGAUUCUGGAACACUUGAUGACUUCAGAAGCAGCAUCUCGACUGGUAAGCCUGAGCAAUUAUUGUCUUUGAUGUGUUUUUUUUUUUUCGGUUUGCUGAAGUCGAGCGUAUGGUUUAUGCCGCUUAAGUUUAUACACGAGCAUGAUCUAACCUACAACAGUCUCAGGUUUAAAAAGCCUUUAGACAUUUUUUUGACCGCAAAUUCAAAGAAAAGGUUCCGAAAAUUAUUUAGUUAUGAUUUUGGCUGUAAAAAGAAAGCUCUGAGCGAUUUUUUUGCCUCGAGUUCAUCUUGAAAAAGAGCAAACACAGGGAAGCCCGCUUAAAACAUAAAUAAGCUCAUGCUUACCUGACUCAUGAUUUUCAGAGACACUUUACUCUCAAUACUUCUCUUCGUGAAUGAAAAUUAUUGUCUCUGUACAUGUUUUACCGAAUUAUAUUUAUUUUAUUGAUUGUUAGUAGUCCCUCUCGCAAUUUUUAUCGCUGCACCGGUUGUUUCCAGUCGAUUAUAAACAUCGCAUGCUGGAAUACUCAAAACGCCGCGCGUAAAUAUCACUCGCUUUUAAAGAUUACACAUAACAAAACCAUACACAGUUUAAUAAAUAAAGGGAAAUAAAACCUAAGUAUAACAAUUUCUCUAUCAUGUUGAAGCGUAAAUGGUAACUCUAUUAAUCGCACUGCAAAUCUGGUGCCCUUAAAAAGUGAGAACCCGUCCGGCUGGCCGAAAAGUGAUUUUUUUAUCGUUUUCAUUAAAAGCCCAUAAUUAUUACCCUGCAUAUCACAUAGCACCAGAUUUUUCUGACUGAAAAGUACCGGCAUUAUAGAAUUCUCUUAAUGAAAACGUUUUAUAAUUCAAUGCUAUAAUUUGUGGUGCAAAGGAAGCGCGUGAUUUGAUCGUCGUGGAUAUUGAGUGCAAAUUCUCUUGCAAAAUUGUGAAAACUGCAGAAUUAUAGGUUUAAAUAGGGCAAAAAAGAACAAAUUCUGUCCAAGGUCUGUAUGAUAAAAAAAAGGGCCUCAUAGUACUGUUUACUUGAGACGUGAUGAGAAAAAUUAUGUUUAAAAGGCUGGUUUACACGCCACCAGAUUCGUCGCCAAGAUUUACUAUUAACCUAAACUUGUCGAACACAAAAUCCGCGGGACUGAUUUUUAUUUUGGCCUCUCUUUUAGACAGAGGAAUGUAACGUGUAAAUUGGCUGCCACCAAGGACUAUCGUGGCGCGUGUGUUUCUUAAAAUUGUAUUUCGGGGUUUUCCAAUUAUCCAUAGUCUCUCUAACGGAGCAAUGUUGGAGAGACUGGUGAAUGCCACAUUAUGAUGCAACAGCUAAUGCAAAUACAAUAAGCGAAUAGAUCUAUUUGUUUUUCAGGCCUAAUCUACUGUGAUCGAACAUGAAAUCUAUUUUUGGGUGUACAAAUAAGACUAUUUAAUAACUCGGUGUAAAAUUUGCUUCACUCUUGGACUGUCAAAUUAUUUUUUCUCUAAAAUCACUUAGCCUUUGCCUCAAAAGUCAAACGAAUGUGCCCUGAUCUGUGCAUUACAAGUUUAUUGUUUGAUUUAAAUUAUGAAUUUAUUAACGGGAGCUUCGCUUUUAGCCCUGGCUAAAUCUAUAUAUUAUUAGAGGGGGACCGGCCUCGUCAAAAAUAUUUAUCGGCCCUCCGGGGGGUUGAAUUCGACCAGAAAUAAUCGGGGUCCAGGCCCCUCCCCUAGUUUAGUUAGUAAUGUAGUGAUGAAUAUGUUUCUCUCGAUUAGCUAUCAGAUUAUGCUUGACUGUUGGAGGGAAAACCCAGUGGAUCGUCC